AUGCAAUACUUCAAGGUCGAUGAAUCCGAGCUCGUGGGCCUGAAGGACAAGGUCGCCCUGGUCACCGGUGGCUCAUCUGGGAUCGGCCUCGCGACAGCAAGACUGUUUCUCGACAAGGGUGCACGCGCUGUCGUCGUCGCAGACAUCCAACCUCCCCCCGACGAACUCGGGUCUCGAGUGCUUUACGUCAAAACCGACGUCGCGUCGUGGAAGGACCUCGUGAACUUGUUCCAAACAGCCAUCGAUCGAUAUGGCCGCAUGGAUGUCGUGUUCGCCAACGCCGGAGUCGCCGACUCGAUCGACUACGUGAACUUGAAAGAGCACGAAAAGCAGCUUCUGGAGCCGAGUCGACGCCCCAUCGAGAUCAACCUGUUUGGAUGCCAGAAUACCGUCGCUCUCGCAGUCCACCACAUGCAACGGCAACUGCCGCCGGGCGGGAGUAUCGUCAUGAAUUCAUCCGGGGCAGGCUACGUGGGCGUGACUUCAGCGUCGUACACCGCCGCUAAACACGGCAUCAUUGGCUUCCUCCGCGCCAUGAAGAUGCAGCUCCAUCCCAAACUCCCCAUCCGACUCAACGCGGUCGCCCCAGGAUGGACACAGUCCGCCAUCACCGCCGGUGUCAUCGACACGUUCAAGUCCGUGGGCGUGCCGAUCCAGCCGGCCUCUGCCAUCGCCCUCGCCGUGGGCAAGUUAGCGACGGACCCAACAUACCACGGGCAUGCGCUUUUCGUCUCCAACAACGAAUGCGCCGAGUUUGAGGAGCCCAUCCAAGCGGAGACGGCCAGGUGUAUAGGUGCCUCGAACGGUGACGAGCAGCAGUUCCAGGACCUCAUGAUGGCGCUGAAGAAGCAUCGCGAGAGAAAAGAACAGGGAUAG